UUUAAAAUGGACUUAGUGUAUUUAUCAUGUGAUUUUCCGCAUGUAUUCAGAGUGAAUGUCAUUGUACUUAUUCCGUAUAAUGCCCUCGUUCCUUAGCAAGAGAUGGGUGUUCACAUAGUAGUCAAAAAGGCGAUUGCAAAUACUCGUGCCAUCGGUUAGGAUCCAUGUGGACAUUGCAAGAACAUCACGGCCUUGGAAAUAAAAAAGCUGUUUUCUGGACAGAAGGAGAAAUCCGCCAUUCCAGGGAAGACUGUUUGGAAUCAACUGGGUCUUAACUCAGAGGUACUCUUAGAAAAUGGUUUUGAAGGAUGAAAAGACAGGGACUUCAGAAAAAUCAUUGCUAACAGCUUUGCAAAGGCAAUUAAGAGAGAACCUUUGCCCCUGGAGAGCUACUGGAAGUUCAGGUGAGCUGUUGUUAUCCAGAUAUUGUAAUCAGGCGGGGCAUUUGGAGGAGCUUUUAACCAGGACUUUGAAACUUGGAGAAAGCAACUCUGCCCUUGUUAUAGCACCAAGAGGUACAGGAAAAUCUGUGUUACUUAACUUACUGCUAGAGAGGCUGCGAGAGUCGGGUAUUCUUGGUAAUGGUUUGGCGGUGCGUCUGUCUGGGCUGGUGCAGACUGAUGACAGACUUGCUCUUAAAGAGAUAACAAGCCAACUGAGACUUGAAUCUGCUACUGCCAACAAGGUGUUUGCUUCUUUUGCUGAAAACCUUUCAUUUCUUUUGGAAUGUUUGCGCUGUGGUAGCAAAGAUACUUCAAAACCUGUCGUCUUCAUUUUGGAUGAAUUUGACCUCUUCUGUCAUCAUCGAAACCAAACGUUACUCUACAAUCUUUUUGAUGUAGCACAGUCUGCACAGGCGCCAAUCUGUGUAAUAGGAUUAACAUCACGUUUAGAUGUAAUAGAAUUGCUUGAAAAGAGGGUAAAAUCCCGGUUUUCACAUCGACAGAUUCAUCUUUUUAGUGAGGAGAAAUUUGAUCCUCAUUACCUUGAUACAUUCAGGGUGCUUUUGCAGCUCCCAUCUACAUUUCCAAGUAAGAGUUUUACCAAAGAAUGGAAUGCCAACAUAACAGCAUUAACAAAAGAUGCUAAUGCAUGUAGCUUGCUGAAGAGGCAGUAUGAUACCACCCACGAUGUUAGGUCCCUAAAAACAUUACUGAUGAUGGCUGUGUGUCAAAUACGCUUGGGACAGCCACAACUUACAUACCAGAUGUUGGAACAAGCACAAAAGAACUUGGUAGCAGAAUCAAAAACAAAUGUUCUUCAGGGUCUUUCCAUUCUUCAGCUCUGCUUGGUUGUUGCCAUGAAGCACUUAACAACUGUUUAUGAAGGGGAACCUUUCAAUUUUGAAAUGGUUUUCCGUGAGUACAUGAAGUUUUGUUGUAAUAAGUCAUCAAUGCAGUCAUAUGAACGUCCUGUUAUCUUUAAAGCCUACGAUCAGCUAAAAAGUUUAGAAUUGGUCAGACCUGUUGAUAAUUCACGAGGAGUGCAACGUGAAUACCAGCUUGUACAACUAAUGAUGACUCCCUAUCAAGUAAAUGAAGCUAUAUUACAGUUACCUGGCAUUCCAACAGAUUUACAACAGUGGGCAUCAUCAGACAUAGUUUAAGUGAUAUGAAUACAUAUGUGUUGGAAUUAUAGUCUGAUAAUUGUGUAGUUUAGUUACUAUUAAUCUUAAGUAAUAUGAGUCAGUAUACAUAUUUUUAUAUUUUUAUUAAAAUUUGACAAAAAAAAUUAAAAAA